AUGGCUGCAACAUCAUUUCAUCAAGCAAUCGGAACUAUUCAAUAUAGUGGUUGCUGUAGCAACGCCAACCUCAAUCAAAUGAAUGGGAAUUAUUCAUUUCGGUUGAUCUCCAAGGGUUUUAAGCUGGAUAUUGCUCUGUUGAGAAUUGGAACUUACUGCUCUAGAAAGAGAAGUUUUAGCAUUAUUCAAGCAUCAACUUCUCACAGUACGGUAUUUGAUCCAGUUUCAUACCCGUCGAAUGGCACGAAAAGUGACUCCAAAAAGAAACCAAGUGAAGCAGCAUUGAUCUUGAUAAGGCAUGGUGAAUCUAUGUGGAACGAGAAGAACUUGUUCACGGGUUGUGUAGAUGUGCCACUGACCAAAAAGGGUGUGGAAGAGGCUAUUGAAGCUGGCAAAAGAAUCAGCAAUAUACCAAUCGACAUGAUAUAUACAUCUGCAUUAAUUCGUGCACAGAUGACCGCUAUGCUUGCCAUGACUGAACACCGUCGUAAAAAGGUGCCGAUUAUUUUGCAUGACGAGAGUGAGCGAGCAAGAGCAUGGAGUCAAAUUUUCAGUGAAGAUACAAACAAGCAGUGCAUUCCAGUUAUAACGGCUUGGCAAUUGAAUGAAAGAAUGUACGGGGAAUUACAGGGUCUUAAUAAGCAGGAAACGGCUGAAAGAUUUGGAAAGGAGAAAGUUCAUGAGUGGCGUCGUAGUUAUGAUAUACCCCCGCCAAACGGUGAGAGCCUUGAAAUGUGUGCUCAGAGAGCCGUUGCCUACUUUAAAGAACACAUUGAACCUCAACUUCAAUGUGGGAAAAAUGUACUGAUUGCUGCUCAUGGGAACUCGUUGAGGUCAAUCAUUAUGUAUCUGGACAAACUCACUUCUCAAGAGGUUAUUAGCUUGGAACUUUCAACCGGGAUACCAAUGCUUUACAUUUUAAAAGAGGGACAAUUUAUUCGCCGAGGUAGUCCAGUUGCACCAACCGAAGCGGGUGUUUAUGCUUAUACUAAGAGAUUGGCCCAAUAUAGGCAGAGACUAGACGAGAUGUUUCAAUCAUAA